AUGACCCCUAUAAUCAUUAAUCGAAAAGAUUUUCCCACAAUGUUCAACCAAAAAAAAAAGUUUGCUUUAGCAAGAGAAAGGUUGAUCGAACUUGACAAGAGAGACAGUGUAAUAGAAAAUAGUACAAUAGAAGAGAAUACUAUAGAAGUGAAGCCAGAAGAAAUUAUAGUUUACAGUGACGUGCCACUUGAAAGAUACCUCAAAUUUUGUGAGAAGGAACAGAAGUUUCAUGUCUUUAUCCGUUUAAAGAAGGGAAAUGUGAUUGCAUACGAUAUGACGAGUAGUGUUCAUGGGGCAGUACAAUCUAAAUUGAGUAGUUUCAUGGACUGUUGGAGUGAUCAAUUUAUUGUUAGGAACGAUGUAGAUAUUACUGUUGGCCAAAAUAGUGUAUAUUGCCCUGAUAUUCAGUCCAAGAAUGGUUGUAGAAAUUGGGAAACGGAAUCUCUUGAUAGUUUAAAUGAUCUAGCAGGGGAGUAUUUUUCUGCGCGGACUAACAUCCAAAUUUAUUUAGCAAUAAAAAUAUGGCCUCGUCGAACAGAUGACACUGCCGCAAUGCUUGCACUCCUUUAUCUACGUAAUAAUGUAAUCCCAAACCCUGUGCUAAACUCAUCAAACCCACCACUAAAUACACAACCAACAAUAACAUUACCAAACACUGUACCGAAUCCGGCGAUUUCAUUCGGAACAGCACCUCUUCAUCACCAGCCAUUGAUGUUUGUUCAGAAUACCGGUAUACCGCAUCAUAGAAUUACCGGUCUCUUACAACAUGGUGAUAUUGCUUGUACAACUUCUGGCAUGAUAAACUAUGAGAUAACAAUUCCUGCAAAUUUACUCUUUAAUGCUUUCCCCGGAGGCGUCCCCAUUGGAGUACCUGACAAUUUUAACAUAGAUUUAUGGGAAUUGCAAAAAAUAGCUCUGAUAAAUGAGGUGUGUAUUGUUUUCUUAUUUUGCUGUCGCAUUAUUAUCUGA